GACUCAAGGAUUUUGAUUCAUCUCAGAUAUGCGAAUCUUUUGUAUCAUUUUACUCUUCGGUUUGUUUUAGUCUGUGACCCUUUCUGCAGGUUACAUCGUUACGCUAGUUUUUGAGUUACGAGUCAAUGAAUCAUUCACUCUUUUUUUAUUUUUUAUUCACCGAAUCAUGAACGAAACCAGUCUUGUUAUCAUGUGUUCAUUCCGUUUUCUUCACUGCAUGGUAAAAGUUUUUACACUGACUAAUGCAUUUGCACACAAUAAAAAAUAAAAGUUUAAUCAAAUAUUAACACUGAGAAAGAAAACACUCAGUGAAGCUCCGAGUCAUAUUCAAGACUCCAAACAAGCGACUCGUUCUGUGAAGGGGGCGGGUCGUUUGGAAGGUCAAGCCAAUGAAACGCUCCUUCAAAGACCACACUCGAAUUCUAUUGGCUCUUGCUGCUGCCAGUCUUUGAAAGUAGAAAAACAGACGAGUCAGUCGUGAACGUUUAAGAUCUCAUCAUAUGAAUCGGUGGAAGGUCUCGUCGGCUGUGGCGUGUUCUCUGCAGGACUGGAGGCGAGCUGGACUUGUUGAUGUUGAGUUGGCGUUUUGGAUGAAGAGCCGAGGAGUCCAGACAUUACAAAGAAACAGAAUUUAAACUCAAGUGCUGUUGAUAGACUGCCAUGACUGUACGCAGAGUGAAUGUGGUUAUUCUUGUGCUGCUUGUCAUCGCCUUUUUAAUUAUAUUGCAUCGAAAUCUGCUGAAUCUCAAUGAUUUCCUCAAGCAAGAGAAUUCAGCAGACACAGUGCCUGGGAUGGUCCUGCCCUUUGAGAUGGACUUCCUGUCGGAUCAUAAGGUCACCAGGACAGGAGAUGAGAUUCCUGUGGUCAUCACCGCUCCAGAGGAGAGACUGGGAGCUGCCGUCACCGCCAUGAACAGCAUCUACCGCAACAGCAAAGCCAAUGUAGUAUUCAAUAUAGUGACACUAAAUGAGUCCGUGGUCCAUCUUAGAACAUGGUUGAGUAAGACUGACAUGAAACACAAAAUGAUCGUAUUUGAUCCCAAGAUCCUCACAGGAAAGAUUUCUAAUGAUCCUCAGAAGGUGGAGGCAGUGAAGCCGUUGAACUUUGCCAGAUUCUUCUUGCCGGUUUUCUUGCCGGAUACAGAGAAAGUUAUUUACCUGGAUGAUGACGUAAUCGUACAAGGAGACAUUCGGGAGCUUUUCGACACCAGUAUUAAGUUGGGACAUGCGGCGGCUUUCUCCGAGGACUGUGACUCUGCGUCCUUUAAAGGCAUCGCUAGAGGAGCUGGAAAUCAGAACAGCUACAUUGGUUUUCUGGACUUCAAAAAAGAGGCGAUCAAGAAGCUUGGAAUGAGAGCGAACACUUGCUCGUUCAAUCCUGGAGUCUUUGUGGCCAAUUUAACCGAGUGGAAGCAGCAGAAUAUCACCAGCCAGCUUGAGUUCUGGAUGGAGCGCAACGCCAAGGAGGAUCUUUACAGUAAGACUUUAGCAGACAGCAUCACAACGCCGCCGAUGCUUAUUGUAUUCUACAAGCACCACUCGAACAUUGAUCCAAUGUGGCACGUCCGACACCUCGGGGUGACAGGAGCUGGGAAUCGCUAUUCACCUCAGUUUGUGAAGGCUGCCAAACUUCUCCACUGGAACGGACAUUAUAAGCCAUGGGGAAGAGCCUCCUCUUUUUCUGACAUUUGGGACAAAUGGUACAUUCCAGAUCCCACGGGUAGAUUCCAUCCAAUCCGGAGACACGCUGAGGAAAAAUAAACCCUGGUUUGAGCUACACUGAUGCAGAUAUUUGACUUUGUUUGGGGAUGUUUAAAGGAUGUCUGGAUGCAAAAUAUGGGGCCUUCAUAAAACCUAAGAGUACCCAAGUAACUGGGACCAACAUUGGAACAGAACAACAGCCAAUAGGCAACAUUCAACACCAGUGCACUACCUCAGCAUUCACUGUCUACUUCUAAAGUAAUAACACUAAACCAUUUAUGGUGCAGCUUUUAAAAUCUUCAUUUUGUAUGUUACAUCCAUGCAAGUGUCUAGAUUUUUUUAACAAGCGCUAUGAUCCCAAAUACUGUUGAGUGAAAUUAUGGACCCACUUUUUUUUUUUUCUUAUUUUUGAAAUGUACAUUUCAUUAUGAAGUCUUUUAGACUGCUUUAGGGCUUGAGACAAAAACCUGUGACAAUUAACAUUUCAAAAUAUCUGUAUUUGACACUCCAGGAACCACUUUCCCCUUGUGUUGUGUUCAGUGUUGUUACAUUUCUAUGGAUGCAUGUUUUUUUCUCUCUCUCUCUAACUCUUUCUCCACAUAUCAGCUGUUACUCAGCAUUGUCCUCAACCAGAAGGGUAAAAUAUGUCAAUUUGUACAUAAAGGAAAAAAGUGUUCCAACAAAGUAUUGAAUAAAGCUCAGUAUAAGUUUUGUAUGCAA